AAAACACAACAAAACGAAAAAAACGGUACCUUUUCUAACUCAGCAGACCACAGAAGUACUAAGGGACAACUUUGUCUGGGCAUUGCAGCUCUUCUGAUUCUCUUAUCACUUCCACUGUGGCUGUCAUCUGAGCGAGGGAAUCGGGAAUAGAAGAAACUGUUCUAUUAAUAGCUGGCUGGUGGACUGAGCGGAUGGAUAGAGGAAUGGACAACUGAGGAAAAUGACUCGAAUACAUUCUGCAAAAUCUUUUUCAGACAUACAACAAGGAGGACAUCACCUCACACUUCUUGUGACUUGCUUCAGAGCACACUUUGUUUUGGGAUGUUCUAACUAGGCUGCCAAGUGAACAUUUUCCUUUGGUAGACCUCUCUCUCUAGUGUUUUCUUGCCUUGCCCCACAAAGUCCCCCACAUACAAGUUCUCCAUGCUAACGCUGAGCUUCGGUUAAAGGAGCUUAAUGUGGAUUGCCCCACGAUGGAAUAUAGUAUGACGGCUGUACACGUUCAGGAGACUUUCCAACUGAGGAGACCUUCAGAGUUUUGGAGCUGUCUCUCUAUUUCGAACCCUGUUCUCCAGCAAAAGAGUCUCAGACGAUUAGGCUGAACUUGACGUUUUGUGGAUUUUCUCUUAGAACUCAAUAUGCGUCGUUUUGACAAGCUCAAAAAAUCAUUUCCAUUUCUUGCUCAUUUUCAUGUGUACAGAAAGUUGGGCAGCAGUAUGCAGUGUGAAGAGGGCACUGAGUGGCUGCUGGAGCUGCUGAUGGAAGUGCAACUGCAGCAGUACUUCCUGCGCAUCCGUGAUGAGCUCAACGUUACACGUCUCUCACACUUUGACUAUGUGAAGAAUGAGGACCUGGAGAAGAUCGGUAUGGGCCGGCCCGGGCAAAGACGGCUGUGGGAGGCAGUGAAGAGGAGAAAAACCAUGUGCAAGCGCAAGUCUUGGAUGAGCAAGGUGUUCAGUGGCAAGAGACCAGAAGGAGACUUCAAUCCCCAGCCGGCCAGUACGUUCCGAAAACUCACUGCCACACCUCCUCCAGUGGAUGGCCAGCAGCAGGCCCUCACCUGUCUCAUAAGUGAGAAAGACCUGGCCCUCUUUGAGAAACUAGGCGAUGGCUCCUUCGGUGUGGUCAAGCGCGGAGAGUGGUUCACACCAAAUGGAAAAGUGCUCAAUGUGGCAGUGAAGUGUCUGAAGACAGACGUGCUCAACCAACCAGAUGCUCUGGACGACUUCAUCUGUGAGGUCAAUGCCAUGCACUCUCUUGACCACCAGAACCUCAUCCGUCUCUACGGAGUAGUCCUCACACACCCCAUGAAGAUGGUGACUGAGCUUGCGCCUCUCGGCUCCAUGCUGGAUCGCUUGCGAAAGACCCUGGGCCAUUUCCUCAUUUCCACUUUGAGUCACUACACCAUCCAGAUAUCCAAUGGCAUGGCCUACCUAGAGUCCAAACGCUUCAUCCACCGAGACCUGGCCGCCAGAAACAUCCUCCUGGCUUCCAGUGAGCAGGUCAAAAUUGGUGACUUCGGACUGAUGAGGGCGCUGCCUAAGAAUGAUGACCAUUACGUCAUGCAAGAGCAUCGCAAAGUCCCAUUUGCCUGGUGUGCUCCAGAAAGCCUGAAGACACGCACGUUUUCUCAUGCCACAGACACAUGGAUGUUUGGUGUGACACUUUGGGAAAUGUUUACCUACGGUCAGGAGCCGUGGCUGGGUCUAAAUGGUAGUCAGAUCCUCCACAAAAUAGAUAAGGAGGGUGAAAGACUGCAUAAGCCUGAGGACUGUCCUCAGGACAUCUAUAAUGUCAUGAUGCAGUGUUGGGCUCAGAAACCAGAUGACAGGCCCACCUUUGUGGCUCUAAGGGAAUUUCUAGUGGAGACCAUGCCUACAGACAUGAGGGCCCUGCAAGACUUUAAUGAACCUGACAAGCUUCAAAUCCAGAUGAAUGAUGUCAUUACCAUCAUAGAGGGCAGGGCAGAGAACUACUGGUGGAGAGGUCAGAACAAGCGUACCCUAAAGGUUGGUCAGUUUCCCAGGAACACAGUCACGUCAGUGGCAGGUCUUUCUGCCCAUGACAUAAGCCGUCCACUCAAGAACAGUUUCAUUCACACGGGCCAUGGAGACACUAAUCCUCACCGCUGCUGGGGCUUCCCUGACAGGAUCGAUGAUCUUUAUCUUGGGAAUCCUAUGGAUCCUCCAGAUGUGCUGCGGCUGGAGCUGAACUCUGCCAGACCAACUCAACUCCCUGGACGCACUAAGAAGGAGCCUCCCCCUCGGCCCCCUCAGCCAUCUUUGCUGGUUAAGAAACCCUCCUACGAUGCUGUUGCUGAGGACGAGGAUCAAACUUCAUCAGGCCUUCGGCGGCUCUCUUUGAAGAAGGGACUUAAGCUCAAACCAGCUGCCUGGGUCUGUGCUACCAAAUUAGGUGAUCGUUCCACAUACAGUGUGCGGACUCCAGGGGGCUGCACUCCCACAGAAUUCUCUCUCAUAGACUUUGGAGAAGAGUUUCCAUCGGCCACACCUACACCCUCUCCUGUGGUGGAGCUUCAAAUCCCAACCCUGGCUAAACUGGCACUUGAAGCAGAGAACAUUUUAGACAGAACUCCUCCUCAGAGCCCCUCACGCUCUCUACCCCGCCCCCUUCACCCUACCCCAGUGGUGGACUGGGUUGCCCGGCCCCUCCCUCCACCCCCAGCCUAUGACGAUGUAGCACAAGAUGAGGAUGACUUUGAAGUAAGCUCCAUCAACAGUGCAGAAUGUGGAGCUGAUGAACCAUGCUCUCUACGUACGUCCUGCACUCCCACUGGAGAGUGUAAAUCUCAUGUAGAAGACAAUUUAUUUUUGCCCUGCUGGCAGAGCAAUGCCAGCACCUUCUCGCAGUCUGCUGAGAUCUUCCAAGAGCUGCAGCAGGAGUGUAUGAGGCACCUCAAUGUACCUGUGACCUCUACCAGCCCUGGUCUGGAGCCACACCGCCAGAUAGUCCUUACUUUUUCUGAGGACAAACCCCAGAUACCACCACGUAUCCCCAUACCACCCCGUCCAGUUAAACGUGCAGGUGGCGAUUAUGCUCGCUGGUCUGAUGAGCUGUCUCCAAUCUCUGGAAAUGAGGAUCAUAAGGAGUGUCCACCCCAGAUUCCCCCAAGAGAUCCUCUCUCUCAACCAGGCUCUCGCACGCCAAGUCCACAUGUGGGCUCCCCUCAGACUCGCAGCAGCCUCUGCUCAGCUUCCUCCAACUAUGGCCCAUCCUACCUCUCCACCUCACCUGCUAAACUAAUGCAAACCACUCAGAGCUUCGCCUCCGAUCCCAAAUAUGCUGCUCCCAAGGUCAUCCAGGCACAGGGCAAAGAUAAGGAGCCAGCCAAAGGGCCCUGCAUUCUGCCUGUCGUACGUGAUGGCAAGAAGGUCAGCAACACGCACUACUACCUCCUGCCUGAGAGGCCUCCGUAUCUGGACCGCUACAAUAAGUUCUUCAAAGAGGCGGAGAGUGGUGAGGAAAAGAAGCAGGUAAACACAGCCACUGUCAAGCCCAUGAUUCAUCAACAAGGGGAGCUCAAGUCCAAUUUCUCCUCCAAUAACACCAGCAGUCUGACGGGCUCUGGAUAUAGAGGGGGGCUGAAGAACUCUCUCAGCCUGUGCCGAGUAAGCUCUGAUGGCUCAUUUAACAGGUCUGACAGCACCAGCAACAAUGACAAAGUCAAACUGGUGCAGGAGGCUGUCCAUGUAGUAACAAUUGAAGAAUGUCAGACGGCUUUACAGAAUCACAGCUGGAAUGUACAGAAGGCUGUACACUACUUGAAGGUGGAGCAGCUCUUCUGUCUGGGCCUGAAGACAAGGGUGGAGUGUCAUAAGAUUCUAGAAUUGUGUGACUGGAAUCUGGAGUUAGCCAGCACACAACUGUUGGACUCUUAUGGCCCAGUGAAGCUGAGACAAUAAUGCAUUGGAAAAGCCCCAUGCCCUAAAAGAAUUUUGAGAGCACCAACGGCACUCUGAGGGCCAACCAGGACUCUAUCCCAGCACAUUUUACCUCCAGAUCUGACUUGUUUGUGUGUGUGUGUGUGUGUGUGUGUGUGUGUGUGAGAG